AUGUCGGACGAGGAGCAUCACUUCGAGUCGAAAGCGGAUGCCGGCGCCUCCAAAACUUAUCCGCAGCAGGCCGGUACCAUCCGUAAGAACGGUUAUAUUGUUAUCAAAGGUCGCCCUUGCAAGGUUGUGGAAGUUUCAACUUCCAAGACUGGAAAGCAUGGUCAUGCUAAAUGUCACUUUGUUGGAAUUGACAUCUUCACUGGAAAGAAGCUUGAAGAUAUUGUCCCCUCUUCCCAUAAUUGUGAUGUGCCUCAGGUUAAUCGCACUGACUACCAGCUUAUCGAUAUCUCUGAGGAUGGAUUUGAGAGCUUGCUGACUGAGAAUGGUAACACCAAGGAUGACUUGAAGCUCCCAACUCAUGAAAGUCUACUUUCCCAGCUUAGUAUUAUUUCACUGAUAAAGGCUGGAUUUGAAGAGGGGAAGGAUCUUGUUGUGAGUGUUAUGUCUGCCAUGGGGGCGGAGCAGAUCUGUGCUCUCAAGGAUAUUGGUCCUAAGUAA